AUGUUGCUCGAGCUGCUCGUCCAGGCUGCCUGUGUGUCCCUGUUCCUCCCGGGCGGCCAGGGCAGGGUGUACCCCGGGAGGAAGAAACCAGCCAGCUUUGCCGUGGAGAGGCGCCGCGUGGGGCCCCACGUCUGCUUCUCAGGCUUCGGCAGCGGAUGUUGCCCCGGCUGGAUGCUCGCUCCGGGCAGCGGGCAGUGCACCCUGCCGCUCUGCCCCUUCGGCUGUGGCAGCGGCUUCUGCAUCGCCCCCAACCUCUGCUCGUGCCCGGAUGGAGAGCAGGGCAUCACCUGCCCAGAGCCACCAGGAACAUGCGGGGAGUAUGGCUGCGACCUCUCCUGUAACCACGGUGGGUGCCAGGAGGUGGCCCGCGUCUGUCCCCUCGGCUUCUCCAUGGUGGAGACGGCCAACGGCAUCCGCUGCACUGACAUUGACGAGUGCCUGAGCGCCGCCUGCGAGGGUCUCUGCGUCAACACCGAGGGCGGCUUCGUCUGCGAGUGCGGCCCUGGCAUGCAGCUCUCCGCCGACCGCCACAGCUGCCAGGAUACGGACGAGUGCCUGGCCACGCCGUGCCAGCACCGCUGCAAGAACAGCGUGGGCAGCUACCGCUGCUCCUGCCGGCCCGGCUACCACCUCCACGGGAACCGGCACUCCUGCGUGGAUGUCAACGAGUGCCGGCGGCCGGGAGACAGACGUGCCUGUCAGCACGCCUGCCACAACACCCCAGGCAGCUACUUGUGCUCCUGCCGCCCCGGGUACCGGCUCAGCGGCGACAGGGUCUCCUGCGAAGGCUUCCCCAAGUCCAUCCUGGCCCCCUCACCCAUCCUUCAGUCCCUGCAGCAUCCCCCCACCCUCGUCCUGCUCCCUCCCGGCCCUGGGGGACCCCUCCUGGUCCCCAGGGGCUCUCCCUCUUCCCACCUCCCUGCCGCACCUCCGGGCACCCAACCUCCUCCGUCCUCACCCACCACCGUGUCCCCGGUCACCGAGCUGUCCCCACGCGGGGAGGGAGCCCCCGGUACCGCUGCACCAGCCCCUCGCUGCUGGUACCGGGGGGCCCUCCGGGAGCCGGGCACUCGCUGGAUGGAGCCGGGGUGCCGGAGCUGUGCCUGCCAGGGAGGACGAGUGCUCUGCGAGGCCGUCAGCUGCCCCGUGCCUUGCUCCCACCCGCUGCCCGCCCCGGCCGGGGGCUGCUGCCCCAGCUGCACAGGCUGCUUGCACGAGGGGGUGGCCCGUGCCGAGGGCGACGUCUUCUCCCCAUCAGAUGGCAACUGCACCGUAUGCGUGUGUCUGGCUGGAAACAUCUCCUGCAUCUCCCCCGAGUGCCCCUCGGACUCUUGCCCCAGCGCCUCGCCGCCCGACUGCUGCUCCUGCCAGCCAGUAAAGUGCAGCUUCCGCGGCCGCACGUACGUGCACGGAGCCCGCUUCAGCUUGGACGAGGACGACUGCACCACCUGCGUCUGCCGGGGUGGCGAGGUGGAGUGCUCCUUCGCCCCCUGCCCAGCGCUGGACUGCCCACAGCACCAGCGGCACCUGCGCCCCGGGCAGUGCUGCUUCACCUGCCGGGACCCCCCGCGCCCCUCGGGCUGCUUCGUGGAUGACAACGGGGUCGAGUUUCCCAUCGGACAGAUCUGGUCUCCGGGCGAUCCCUGUGAGUUAUGCAUCUGCCAGGCCGAUGGCUCAGUGAGCUGCAAGAGGACGGACUGCAUGGAGACGUGCCCCUACCCCAUCCACAUCCCCGGGCAGUGCUGCCCCGACUGCUCGGCAGGAUGUACCUACAUGGGACAGAUCUUCUACAACAACGAGACCUUCCCGUCCCUCCUGGACCCCUGCCUCAGCUGCAUCUGCCUGCUGGGCUCGGUGGCCUGCUCACCCGUGGACUGUGCCAUCUUCUGCACCUACCCCUUCCACCCCGAGGGCGAGUGCUGUCCUGUCUGUAACGACUGCAACUACGAGGGCAGGAAGGUGGUGAACGGCCAGACCUUCAGCCCCGAGGGACAGCCCUGCACCCGCUGCACGUGCCAGCUCGGGGAGGUGAGCUGCGAGGAGAGGCCGUGUCCCCACUCGUGCACCGAGCCCCCUGCGCUGCCUGCUGCCUGCUGCCCCGCCUGCCAAGAGGCCACGGGACCCCCAGCUCCCACGGGCAGCCCUGGGUCAAGGCGGGAUGCUCAGGGGCAUCCCGGGGACGCGGACCCCUCGGCCGUGCCAACAGCCGGCAGGGAGAGCCCCGGCGGGCACGCGGCUCCCUAG